UGUGUGAAAGUUCAUUUACAGUAUAACCAUUAUAUUCUGUUAUUGCCGUCCAUUUACAAUUUCAUAUGGUUUUAAAUUGAGCAGUUAAAUAAUGUGAAGGUAUUCUAAGCUGGUUCCGUGUCUACAAUGAGGGAAUACAAGAUUGUUGUGUUGGGAAGUGGUGGAGUAGGCAAAAGUGCAAUAACAGUGCAAUUUGUUCAAGGCAUCUUUGUAGAGAAGUAUGACCCCACGAUAGAAGACAGCUAUAGAAAGGAACAAUUCACAGCAAUGAGGGACCUUUACAUGAAGAAUGGGCAAGGCUUCGUUCUAGUGUACUCCAUAACUGCACAGUCAACAUUCAACGACCUUGUAGACUUACGGGAGCAGAUACUACGCGUAAAGGACACAGAUUCGGUGCCAAUGGUACUAGUUGGCAACAAAUGUGAUUUAGAAGAUGAAAGAGUCGUAGGGAAGGACCAGGGCCAGAAUUUUGCACGGACCUACGGCAUGCACACAUUCGUUGAGUCGUCAGCUAAAGCCAAAGUUAACAUAAAUGAAAUAUUUUUUGACUUGGUGCGCCAGAUAAAUCGCAGAACGCCAGAACAGAAAAAGAAGAAAAAGAAGUCCACCUGUCAACUGUUGUAGAAAUGUUAAUGGUUGUGUAUCAUGUGUAAGUGAUCAGAUAACAAAAAACUUUUUUGCCAGUAAAUUCCUUUGCACUACCACGGCAAGAAAUAUAAGGCAUAAUAGUGGUAUUACUACCUUAAACUCGAAUAUCAGAUACAUAAGUAUUUUUAAGGUGUGUAGUAACUUAGUGUUCAUUGCUAAAUAAUUUACUGAUGGUAGGUAUCGGUGUGUAGAAAUGUAAUAUUGUCUGUAGCUGUUGUUGGGAUGCAUGGACGACAUAUCACGCUUGUUGUACUGUGCGUCAAUCUACUGCCAUUUACUCGAUGACUGUGCGAUAUAGCUCACUCAAAUAUGCUGUCCUCAUCAACGAUUUACAGUCGCUAGCACUUUCUUUUCUGUAUGUAGUGAAUAUUAUUGACAACCAGAAGCUGGUUUCAUCUUCCAUAGUUUCUCGGACAUCAGUCUUGUAUAGUUUGGUGACAUUCGUGUCAGGAUGUCAGUGAUUCAAUCAGUAUGUAGUCAUUAUUAAAGCCUGUUUGCAGAUUUAUCCAUGUAGCUUACUGUGCAUUUGCCAAGCUUUGUUGAUGCGCUCUGCAGGCUUGUUGAAAGACUCGAUGGUUGUGUCACAUAACGAAAUAAUUGACUAUUUCUAGGUGUUAUUAUCGAACCAUGUAAUUUGUUUAGUGCUGUAGUGGGUGUGUCACCACAGUUCAUUAUUGAUAAGGAGGAAAGGGUAUAUAAUAUUUAAACAACACAUCUAUUUAUGUAAAAUCAUUUUUUAACGUUGGGAAGAAAGCACGUGAGGUUUCAUAGAUGUCAUCAGUGGACACUUGCAUUGUCAGUGAGUCAGUCCUUCCUUUUAUUCGAUCUCCAAACCAAGGUUCUACAGAUUGAUGAAAUUACUCGGUUUUGCUAAGCUCACAGACAAUCGUGGGAUCAGAGUAGACAGCAUUGUCGCCUUCAGAUUGUAUCAGAUGUUGCUCUUUGUCACACAUGAUAUAGGAUGCUGCACUGCUAUAGAAGUGUCAGGGUAACAAAUUGAUCACGUAUUCACGUGUAUGAUGCAUGAAUGCCCUCGAUUAUAGUGCAUGAUGCAUUGCAGGCUUUUGAAUAUCAAUCCUCUAGUAGCUUGAUGAAUUGAACCUCGGGCGUGACGGAAGUAGGGAGGAACAGUUCGUUGUAUGCAUGUUCACGAUGUCCUGUACUCAGCCCAGCUCUAUGCUAACGCUUCUAAUUAGUCUGAAACCCUUUAUAUGGUAAAUUUGCAAGAGCUAUAUUGGAAUUUUUCCGCCCAUUUGUGCUUUACUAUGUCAUGUGAUUGCCUUUAGUUAUCACAGCGUGCAUGUCUGUAGCUAGUUGUUGGCUUUGUUUCAGCUAGAUUGAUACCUUGUACUAAUUGGUAAAAAUCCUGACUGAAACGCAAAUGGUGGCAGAUAUUUUAGUUCUUCCAUUACUAACGUGGUGCUAAUUGACAAACUUGGAACUGUUAGAUCGUGGUAACAACAAGAUAACAGUAACGAGCGAAUACACAGUGUAAGAUAUCUGUGUACCAUGUAUGUGUAGUUGAUUCAUUUCUGUAUGUAACGCUGCUUUUAUGUUGGGCAAGUUUUUGUUUGGGAUUACGGUCAAAUUUAUUGCAAUGUGCGGUCGCGAAGAUUAGCAGCUUGAUAUACAGUGUUUUACAUUGUAUCACAAUUCGUUUCAUUUUCCGUUUCGGAAGGUUAUUUUGUAAACAAGCCGAUAAAAAUAAAACAGCAUUGAUCUAUAUUGAUGCGAUGAUUUUAUUUUGCAAGUGCUAGCUUGUGUACACUGUCGGGUCAGCAGAUACCCAGUGGAAGGUUUCACCGCAUGUGCGCAUCAUAGAACCUAUUGAAUGCGUUUACCGUCAAUAUCCAACCAGUGGGAGUGCUGGAAUGCUAUUUCGCAGUUUCUUUAUUUUUACCUCGUGCUACAUAUUACAAUUUCCUUUCUCUGUGAAUGUUUGUCAUUGGCGAAUGUGGCUAGCAUGUGGCUAGCAUGUGGCUAGCACGUGGCUAGCACGUGGCUAGCAAGUGUGAAUUAUAGAUGUUUCAAACUUGACUCGGUUUAUGAUUUGAAUAAUAAAUGACCGUUUUUUAUAUAUAAAGA